UCCUGCAGGACAAUGUGAGACACAGAGAGUUGAUCCAACGCAGUUAGCACGCAGCCAGGAUGGAAGUUGGGAUAAUUUAACGCAUUUUUGGACCUCGAUCGCAACCUGUUGGGAAUCCGCGUGUUUUUAAAACCCCCGAGGAAGCGGCCGCAGCGAUGGGAGCACCGCGCUGAGGAGGGAGCGGGCGGCAGGGCCGAGAAACGGGAGAAAGAUGGGUGUCGUGCUGCGGAGCCUGUUGUUGUGUAGUUUUUGUUUUCUCAUACGAGGCGUGCCGCUGCUGCUGUAUGCGAAUCGGCGAGACCUUCGGCUCGUGGAUGCGGCACACGAAAAGACCAACGCCACGGUAGUGGUGGGGGGGCUGGAGGACGCCGCUGCCGUGGACUACGUCUACUCCAAGGGCCUCAUUUACUGGAGCGAUGUAAGCGAAGAGGCCAUCAAACGCACCGUCUUCAACCAGUCGGGGGCCAGCGUGGUCCAGACGGUGGUCCCGGGUCUGGCCUCCCCGGACGGACUGGCGUGUGAUUGGUUAGGGAGUAAACUUUACUGGACGGACUCGGAAACCAAUCGGAUCGAGGUGGCGGAGCUGGACGGGUCCUUGAGGAAAGUUUUGUUUUGGCAGGAGCUGGACCAGCCGAGGGCCAUCGCUCUGGAUCCAGAACGAGGUCUGGAGAUGUGGGAAGGACACGCUCACACAGACAGACGUCUCACCUCUCCUGUCUUUGUCUCCUCAGGUCAGGACCGUGAGGUGAUAGCCGACGACCUCCCUCACCCCUUCGGCCUCACCCAGUACCAGGACUACAUCUACUGGACCGACUGGAGCCAGCGCAGCAUCGAGCGAGCCAACAAGACCAGCGGGCAGAACCGCACCGUCAUCCAGGGCCACCUGGACUACGUCAUGGACAUCCUGGUGUUUCACUCGUCCAGACAGGGCGGCUGGAACGCCUGCGCCUCCACCAACGGACACUGCUCACACCUGUGCCUCGCCGUCCCCGUCAGCAGCUUCGUCUGCGGCUGCCCCGCCCACUUCUCCCUCAACUACGACAACAAGACGUGCAGCGCUCCGACGUCCUUCCUGCUGUUCAGCCAGAAGACGGCGAUCAACCGAAUGGUGAUCGACGAGCAGCAGAGUCCGGACAUCAUCCUGCCGAUCCACAGCCUGAGGAACGUCCGAGCCAUCGACUACGACCCGCUGGACAAGCAGCUGUACUGGAUCGACUCCAAGCAGAACGUCAUCCGCCGCGCUCAGGAGGACGGGAACCAGAGUAUGACGGUGGUGUCGAGCUCUGUGGGCGGACCCAGCCAGGGUCUGCAGCUGUACGACCUGAGCAUCGACAUCUACAGCCGCUUCAUCUACUGGACCAGCGAGGUCACCAACGUCAUCAACGUCACCCGCACGGACGGCAGCAGGGUCGGAGUGGUGCUGAGAGGAGAACACGACAAACCCAGAGCCAUCGUGGUCAACCCGGAGAGAGGGUACAUGUACUUCACCAACCUGCUGGAGCGCUCGCCCAAGAUCGAGCGGGCGGCGCUGGACGGCACGGAGCGGGAGGUGCUGUUCUUCAGCGGUUUGGGGAAACCCGUCGCUCUGGCCAUCGAUAACGAGGUGGGGAAGCUGUUCUGGGUCGACUCGGAUCUGCGGCGCAUCGAGAGCAGCGACCUCUCCGGAGCCAAUCGGAUCGUGAUCGCGGACUCAAACAUCCUGCAGCCGGUGGGCCUGACGGUGUUCGGGAAUCACCUGUACUGGAUCGACAAGCAGCAGCAGAUGAUCGAACGCAUCGACAAGACGACGAGGGAGGGACGCACCAAGAUCCAGGCUCGCAUCGCCUACCUGAGCGACAUCCACGCCGUCCACGAGCUCGACAUGAGGGAGUACAGUAAACACCCGUGUACCUGGGACAACGGCGGCUGCUCCCACAUCUGCAUCGUGAAGGGAGACGGGACGACUCGCUGCUCGUGUCCCGUCCACCUGGUGCUGCUGCAGGACGAGCUCUCCUGUGGAGAGCCCCCCACCUGCUCCCCGGAGCAGUUCUCCUGCACCUCCGGCGAGGUGGACUGCAUCCCUCAGGCCUGGAGGUGCGACGGUUACCCCGAGUGUGACGACAGCAGCGACGAGGAGGACUGCCCCGUCUGCUCCGAGUCCGAGUUCCAGUGCGACAGCCGGCAGUGCAUCGACCUGAGCCUCCGCUGCAACGGAGAGAUCAACUGUCAGGACCGCUCGGACGAGAACAAGUGUGAAGUACGUUGUCCUCUGGACCAGUUCUCCUGCACCAACGGUCAGUGCAUCGGCAAACACAAGAAGUGCGACCACAACAUGGACUGCACGGACAACUCAGACGAGAUCGGCUGCUAUCCGACCGAGGAGCCUCCUCCUCCGUCCAACAACACCAUCGGCUCCAUCGUGGGCGUCGUCAUGGCGCUGUUCGUGGUUGGCGCCGUGUACUUCGUGUGUCAGCGCGUCCUCUGCCCGCAAAUGAAGGACGACGGCGAGACGGUCACCAACGACUUCGUGGUCCACGGGCCGUCGUCGGUGCCGCUGGGAUACGUCCCGCAUCCGAGCUCGCUGUCCAGCUCGCUGCCAGGUAUGUCCAGAGGGAAGUCUGUGAUUGGCUCCCUCAGCAUCAUGGGCGGGAGCAGCGGACCUCCGUACGACCGCGCACACGUGACCGGAGCUUCGUCCAGCAGCUCGUCCAGCACCAAGGGGACGUAUUUCCCCCCGAUCCUGAAUCCGCCUCCGUCUCCGGCUACAGUCCGCUCUCAGUACACGAUGGAGUUUGGUUAUUCCUCUAACAGUCCCUCAACACACAGAUCCUACAGCUACCGACCCUACACCUACCGCCACUUCGCCCCUCCCACCACCCCCUGCAGCACCGACGUGUGCGACAGCGAUUACACGCCGGGACGCCGGGCGCCGCUCAAGUCCAGCGCCGCUGCCUCCGCCGCCGCCGCCAAGGGCUACACCAGCGACCUCAACUAUGACUCGGAGCCUUUUCCGCCGCCGCCGACGCCCCGCAGCCAGUACCUGUCGGCGGAGGAGAACUGCGAGAGCUGCCCGCCGUCGCCUUACACCGAGCGCAGCUACUCCCACCACCUCUACCCGCCGCCGCCCUCGCCCUGCACGGACUCCUCGUGAGCCCCCAUAAUCCCCCUCUGCGCACAGCUCCGCCCCCCCACCCCUCACUGUAAAUAGCAAUUGUGCAUAUAUGAGGAAAAAAAACGGGAGACUGAUGAAGAGGAGGAGGAGCGACGCGCAGGACGAGAAAAGGAAAAAAAACGGGAGCUGCAGAACAUUUGUACAUUGAAAAAGAGAAAAGCAUAUUUAUAUAUUUUCUAUACAGUGUUUACUGAUGAUGCCAUAGAGGUUUGUAUUAAGAAAUUUGUACAUUUUUUUAAGAAAAGGUUUUAUUAAAAUCAUCACAAAUAUAAGUUGCCUUAAACCAGGAGGAAAAAAGAGGCUGAAGGACAAAAAGCACACAGCGGGACGUUUUAACUUAUCUGAUGCCAAAUAUGAAAAACACCUACAGGAGAAAAAAAAGAAGAAGAAGAAGAGCAGCGGCGCCCCCCGGAGGCUCGGCAGUGUCUGUAGUUACCAUGGAAACUGGAAAAACAAAAAAAGACCCGUGUGAGAACGAAAGUGGUACUGGGUCUUUGAUUUUUGAAUUUACCUCCUCAGUUACGAAACGGUUCGUAAGAUCGUGUCUGAUGUGGAUGUGAGUCAUGUGAUCAAUCAUGUAGCAAUAAGGCACAUAUUUAUUACCCAAUCGAUCGAUCAAUCAAAGGAGGAGCCGCUCUGAGAGAGUCGAACAGGCUGCAAAUUUGAUCAUCUACGGAGGCUCAGAAGUGACAAAACAACUAUAGAAAAUAUCAGGAAAAGACAAUCCACCUCUUUUGUGCACUAAAAAUGAGGAUUUUUUUUUUUUUAAAUUUACCAAUGACUAUUUUUUAUCGAUUAUGCAUGUCAGUUUGUUUGUUACUUUUGCUGCUUUUUAACUUGACAGGACAAAAACCCAAAAGUUUUGCCAUCAAAACAUCCCUCCCAGGUCGCUCUGCUGAUUAAGCGACUGAAUUUUGAAUUUUUGCAAGAAACUAGUUAAUACUACUAAAACACAUUUUCUCUACUAAAGCUCAGACUUUUUUACUUCUUCCUAAAAUCUUCCCAGAUUGACACCAGUAAAUAGGUGUCAAGCUAUUAAAAGCAAAGUUAACAGAAACUGACAUCCCUAAUAGAAAAUAGUUCUUGAUCUUGACCCCUCAGGGCCUCCGUACAGAACACUAAAACAUAUUUUCUUUACUAUAAAUGGUUUUUUUUUCUUAAAAACUAACUGGUUAACAAGUGUUGGACUGUUAAAAACAAAAUUAACAGAAACUGGCAUGCGUACCAGAAACUAGUUCUUGCUCUUGUCCCCUCGGAGCCUCCAUACAAAACACGGAAACACUAGUUUCUCUCUUAAAGUAACUUUUUUUUUAUAUAUACUUUUAAAAAUUGACCAGUAAAUAGUUGUCUAGCUAUUGAAAACAAAAUUAACAGAAACGGACAUCCCUACCAGAAACUAGUUUUUGUUCCUGUCGCCUCAGGGCCUCCGUACAAAAACACUAAAACACAUUUUUAUCCACUAAAUGUUAAAGAAUCAGACGUCACAUGACUCACGUCCUCCAAUCACCGUGAUGUUCAGACGGGAUUUAAACCAAAACGUACGCUUGUGUUUUCACAUGUUCUGUUCUCGUUGAGAUGCUCGACUGCAACUUGUGUGUUUGUGAGUGAAUCGACCCAAAGCUGCACAGCGAACACAUCAACACUUUUUAUUUUAUUUUUAUUUUUCUGUUUUGUGGAGGACGCAGCGUUUCCCACCAUGAACACGAUCUUGUGCCUGACCAGUCCCACGUCUUCAUUUUUUUAUUUUUUAUGUCGUUGUUACUUUGAGGAAAAAAAAAAGAACACAAAGGAAAUCCAGUGCCCACUAAAUGCUAUAUAGUAUUUUUGUACCACAUAUUGUGUAGAUAACGUAUUUAUAAGCUAUAUAGAAAAUCAUUGUAAAUCUAUCCAUUGAACUCUUGCAGUACUUUUCAUUCCGUCUUUUUUUAUAUUGCCUCAUUAUAUUUUUCUACAGAGUUUCACUCCAAACGUUCGGCGACAAUCUCAGAUCAGAAGAACAUAUCCAGGUUUUUAGUGUCUGUUCAUGUUUGAUGGCUGUUUGUGCCAAAAUAAUCUGUUUGUAAACAAAGUGGAGGCAGAUGUCGGGACCAGAGGUGAAAAAACACGAGGCGGCUGUUGCCUUGAGUCAACAAUCAGCUUUUUUUUUUUUUUUUCUUUUUUUGUGAAUCUGUUUGUGUGUUUGUGCUUCUCGUGACGACCAGAAAUAUAUUUUUCAAGAUAACUCGUCGCAUCGUCUGAUAACCGUCGUCACGUUUUGGCUUCCUGUCGUUCAGUUUGUCGUUGAGCUUCUGAGAAAAGCAGCACCAGCAUGAAUCUGACAAUCUUAGUGUUUUUGUUUUUACACGUCACAUCGCGUCAUUUUUAGAUAACAUUCAAAGCACAAACUAACAACUGUCUUCAUGAGACAUUUUAAACGUUGGAGAAAGAAUCUAAGAAAAUCUGAUUUUGUGGCACUGUAAAAUGUAAUUUAAAUCUUGUAUUCCUGAACAAAAUCCACCAAAUAUCUGUGACGAUGUUUAGAGCUGGGUAUUGAUUCUUUGGUACAAAUUUUAAAAAUACAAAACUGCUUUUUCAGAUUCGGUACGAAACCUUUAUUUAUUGUUGUUAACUUUA